CUCCCCCCUUCUCCCAGCUCCCACCCCUCCGGGCUCCCGUUCUGUCCUUCCCGGCGGCCCCCACGUACACUCCAGCUGGGCUAAGGCACCUGAAACCGGUAUUUGGUUUCUUGGGACCCGUACUCCGCCUCUGUUUCUGUACUGUCCUCCCCGGCCUGCGCUCGAGAUGGUGUCCCUCUUAUGUUGUGGGCCCAAGCUGGCUGCCUGCGGUAUCGUCCUUAGCGUCUGGGCGGUGAUCAUGUUGGUUAUUCUGGGAAUUUUCUUCAAUCUCCAUACUGCUGGAUUGUUUGAGGAUUUACCUGUUGAAGAAGAUGAUUUUUCCCAGGAUAAUCCUGAAAAAAUCUUUGCGCUUUUUGAAAGUGUGAGUUACAACUGCUUCAUUGCCGCCGGCCUCUAUGCCUUGGUUGGAGGCUUCUCGUUCUGCCAAGUCCGACUCAACAAGCGCAAAGAAUACAUGGUCCGUUAGGCCAUUCCAUUCCACUCCCAAAGAUUUGGGGGUGCCCCUUACCCCACGUCUCAUAUUUAACGUCCCUUCAAGUAACAUUCCCAGUUAUUUUGGGGGUUCGGCCUUUUUUUCCCCACUUUAGUGGCUGAAGAUUUUGCUGGUUGCCCUCGGGGUUGGGGGUGGGAGGUGGGGAGAAGGGCUUGAUUUCGUUUGGUUAUUUUUACCCCAAUUGUGUUUGGGUGACUCUACUUUCCCUUUCCUAGCCUUUCGGCUGUUUCUGCUAGUUACAAUAAAGUGUAGGUAAUCUAA